AUGGUUGCAGUAUCGGACCCGAAAUACGCCGACCUCCAGGCAUGCUGUGUUUGCUUGGGCUUUCGUGACGAAACCGAGUACAAAAUAGAUGUUGAUGCAGCAGCGUCCAUUCGUUCAAUUUUGCGUUACCUGCGUGCCGAAAGCAGUAGCUGUGAUAUCCGCAGGGAACUUGGCAAUAUGAAAAUCCUCACCAGUGACUUAAUCCCGCUAUUAAAAGUCUGCAAAAAGGACAAUCAUUUAUUUGACCUGGUCGUGAGGCUGAUGGUGAACCUCACGCAACCAGCCGUCGUGUGCUUUCGAAACGAAAUUCCCAAGGACCGUGACCUCUAUGCUUUCUUCAUCAAGGUCGAUUCAAUCCUGAAGGAGUACAAAAGGGCCUUCGCCGACGAGCAACUAUUCCGAGUUCUCGCUGAAUGUGUUGAAGACCUUUUUGACAAGCCGUGGGAAGAUCGCAGUGACGAUGAUCGACUGCUUAUUGAACGGAUCCUCGUUUUGAUCCGAAACGUGCUUCACAUAACACCCGACGUCUCCACCGAACACCGAACGGAUGAGGAUGUUUCGGUUCACGAUCAACUUUUGUGGGCAAUUCACCUCUCUGGUUGGGACGAACUCCUGCUGUUCCUAGCUAAUGCCGAAGACGAGCAAAGCGUGUUUGCCUUCCACACACUUGAAAUCAUCUCCCUGAUGCUUCGCGAACAGACCCCUGAACAAUUAGCCGUCGCGGGCACCUCGUCAACCCAUAACGACCCUCAGUCCUUGAUCAUUGAGAGGUGUCAUCUGCGAGAGAAAGAGCAACGUCGAGCAGCACUGGUUGAAUUGAAUAUGCGCCACAAUCGUUUCGGCGGUACUUUUGAACUUCUCGACACCAAGUCGCUGUCGAACCGUCCUCUAAUCUACCACCACGACGUGACCGCGCCUGUACGAAAAGCGUGUCCGGGUAGUGCGCCCGAGAACACCUCCGAUGCCUCCGCUCCGACCAUCGGUCUGGUCGAUCUUGAUUUUGGCAAGAAGAUGCGCCGUAAACCACGCACUCGGAAGCCCCUCAUUGAACGCGAAUUCCACCGCCGCUCCAUCCUCAGUGUUCAGCUUUACCUCAGGAACUUUUGUUGGCAAUUCCUGCGGAACUGCUACAACCCUCUGAUGAGUGCGGCACGUGGAGCCAUUCUCCGACAGAACACACAAGCCAACGACGAGACGUAUUAUCUCUGGGCGAUGCGCUUCUUUAUGGCGUUUGGUCGCCUUUACAGAUUCCGUCCGCAGUAUCUCAGCGAAUCUCUGAGUGUCUCCGUGUUUAACUGGGUGUAUACCCUGUGCAUGGGUUACCGUGAGUCCUUGUUUGCCUACAAACGCGGUGGUGCUACCAACCAAAAUGCUCUUCAAAUCAGUCGCCGUCUUGCGCUGGCAGUUUCCGCCUACCUCCAGUUCCUCUUGUGCCUCCAGGAGAUGGUUAAACCGUCGCCAGAAAGCGCGGCGUCCACAGACCUCGACGACGAGGAGAAGGAGAGUGUGGAGGACCGGGAAAAUCGAUUGCGCGCGCAAAAACAGGCUGCCGAGUCUCUGAUGUCGAACAUCUUCUACGUUGCUGAAUACCAGGAUCUCUAUGUGCUGUUGCUGAGGGAAUACAACGAGUCUAUUCAGAGCAAGGAAUACUUAAUUGACCUCGUCGAGGGUGCACAUCUCUUCAUCAGCUUGCUGACGUCUCAGGAGAAGGCCGCGAUGACCCUCAUCGUCUCGCGUCGUCAGCGGCGCCGCCACGCUAACGAGAAGCGACGCCAGGAGCGUGCGGAGCGACGUCGACGACAGCAGGAAGCAGCGGAGGCGCGUCGGAAACUGCGUCAGCGGGCCAAUGAGUCGCCGGAGGAACGCGCUGCCCGUCUCGCACGCACCUGGGGUGUCCUCUCCACCAGCCUCCUCACGAUGUUGGCUGCGAACAAGGAUGUCGUGGUUGACGACGACGACCUGCCGCAACUCUUCGACCCCGCCGCCGCGCCGCCAGAUGCAGCGUCGAUGGCCAAGCAGCUGCGAAACGCCAUCCGCCUGGUGCACACGGAGCUGCACGCGAACAGAGCGAGUCGGGCACUAUUGAUCGCCCGCAACAUGUGGGACAUCUGGCCUGAGGCCGCGCCGAGCCUCGACGAAGCCAACCAGGAUGGCGAAAUGGACGAGGAUCUGCUGAAGGAGAAGCAACGAGCAAUGGAGGCUGGCUUGGAACCCGCUCAAGUGGCUGAAUACACCGCAUUGUGGAGGAUCUUUCUCCUAGACCUAGCUGGCACGUUGUACGAACAGUUGGAAGUGAUUGACGCGUCAAUCAGGGAAGACGAGGAGAAGGAUGAGGAGGAGGAGCGGAACGAGCUUAUCCGUCGGGAACUCGGCGACUCUGACGACGAGUACGACGUUGUCGACAAGGAGGUGGCCUUCGACUUGAAUGCCUACCUCCUUCGGUUCACCCACCCGCACAUCAUUCGAUCGUUGAUACAGCUUCUGGCCAACUACGCGCUGAAUCCGCCCUCGACCAACACGUGUCUUCUGCAUCUCUUCCAUCGAAUCGCCAUCAAACCACACAUCCCGGGGAUCCUCUUUCAGUUGCGCCUGUUCAGCGUCAUCCAGACCAUCAUCAAGGACCCGAUUCUCACCAAACUCGACGAAUCCAAGGUGUCGUGUGAAGUUCGCUCUCGUUUUGGCCUUUCUGAGUUGUUGAAGUUCAUGAAGUAUGUUUUGCGCAAGUUCUUCGAGGCGUUCGAGCGCAAUCGGAGCGUUGCCGUGGAGGCGCUGUUUUUCAAGUCCACGAAGGAGGCUGCUGAGGUCUACAGUGGUUAUGGCACCUACGAAACGGGACACAAAGCCGCAACAUGGAGCACCGACCUAGACAGGGAAUUGGGACAGCUUUUUGAAGCCUACAGAUACGAUCCAGUGCCACAGGGGGAUGAUUUAGUGGACGUGCUGAAGCGCAAUCUCUCCGACCCCACGAAAACACGCCGACAAAUCAUUACGCGCCUCAUAUUCCUCGGAAAAGUUGACUCUGCUAAGCAACUCAAAAUGAUGACAAUUCAUAUGGGUGAGGGUAGAAGAGCCACCAGGCGUGCUAGAAGGCCCUGGACCGAAGAUGAGGUUAAUAUGCUGCAAUCGCUCUUCCUUGAACACAAAGGCUCAUCCCACCUCCUCUCGGAUAUAAUGGGUGUGCUGAAUUUGGAGUACGAGGACAAGUUGAAACAGGCGCGGGCUGAAGGCGGCGAAGACGACGAACCGCUUCUACGAACACGUCAGGAGGUGGGCAGGAAGUUGAUCGAGCUCGGCCUGGUCUCCGAUGCCAGCGAGUUUGGCAAGUCGCGACGUCGGAGUAGUCGAAAGACCGCCGAGGAAGUGUCCCAGCUGGAGGUGCUCGAUGGUGGCAUAUCGGUGCUGAAAAAGCAACCCCGAGGAAAGAAGGCUCGCGUCAGGAGGACGACUCGACCAGACUCUUCGCCGGAGCUGCAUUUCAACACCAAUGAGCGCUUCAGUGACGAGGAGGAGGUUCCUGCUAGUGGGAAAGGACCAAGUCGCUCAUCUUACUUCGAUCCGGAUGAAGAUAAUGAUGAUUAUGGCGAAAAAGACAAUGAUGCAGAGGUGCCUUCUAGUGGAAAAGAACCGAGUCGAUCCAAGUAUUUUGAUCCCGAUGAAGCUAAUGAUGAUGGUGAUGUUGAUAGCGAUGUGGAGCUAUCGGUUAGUCGCAGACAAUUGAAUCGGUCGACUUACUUCGAUCCAGCUGAGGAUAGUGGUAGUGAUGAAGACAACAAACUAGAGAUUGACAAUCCUGGCCAAUCAGCUGACUCGAAUCGCCCCACCAAUCCCGGUUCAUCAUCGAACUCCCCUCCACCUCUCUUUAGCAAUACGGAUGCCGAAGAUGAAGUAGACGACGCUCCUGCCGUGGCUCGAAAACGACGGAAACUCGACCUAGAGGAUGAUGAUGACGACGACGACGAGGCGAUUGAGGAACUGGAAAAAGAGAUUGACUCGGCCCUACAGGAGACUGGUGCAGACGUACAGAUCGCCAGCCCCCCACACCGUGAACGUCGACGCACUCGUCUGCUGGGCUCUGAUGAUGACGACGAAGAGAAAGGGGAGAAAGACAACGCAUAA